UUAGCAACUCAACAUAAGCACCUUGUCAGUCAUGAGAGCUUCAGAGGAAACUUUAGACUGCCACUGAGAGAGGAGAAGGGACUGUCUGAUUGCUGAGUUGCUGCAAUGUCUAGGUCUUUUUAUGUUGACUCUUUAAUUAUCAAAGAUUCCUCCACCAGACAAGCUCCAGCCUUGCCUGAUCAUUUCUACCACCACCACCACCAUGGGUAUGAUUUUCUCCUGCCCAUCAGCAUGCCAUCCCCAACUGUCAUGUCAGUGUCUGCCCCUGUGUGCCCUUCUAGGAAAAGUGGCAGCUUCUGCGUCUGUCCCAUCUGUGUGGCUUCCCACCUGCACUCCACCAGGAAUAGCAUCCCUCUACUCAAGAGCCAGUUCUCUAAUGGGGAGGCACAGUAUAGCCAGAGGAUGAGUCAACAGCCCAGCCCAGCCAUGGUCCACCCAGCACAUACACCUGUCUGCAGCCCAACCUACAAUGUUACCGACCCCAGGAGAUUCCAUUGCAUGUCAAAGGGUGGAGCAGAGAACAGCCAGGCGCAGAAUGGCAAGCGAAUGAGGACAGCAUUUAGCAGCACUCAGCUUUUAGAGCUGGAAAGAGAAUUCUCCUCCAACAUGUACCUGUCCAGGCUGAGGAGGAUCGAGAUUGCCACCUACCUGAGCCUGUCAGAGAAGCAGGUGAAGAUCUGGUUUCAGAACAGGAGAGUAAAGCACAAGAAAGAGAAUAAGGGCUCCCAAAGGAACAGCCACAGGGGCUGCAAGUGCACAGAGUCACAAGGGCAUUACCCCAGAUCUGAAGAUGAAGAUUCAUUGUCUACUACUUCAGCAAGUGAAGUGUCACCCCUAUAAAUUGCUCUCUACCCACAGAAAUGUCUUAUUAGUGACUCUAUGGCACUUACAAUCUACACGAGGAAAGUUACUCAUUUCAGCUCAAUUUAAGCCUUUGGACACAUCUCAGUUUUUGCUUUAUUUGAGGACUGGAUAUAUUUCCCUAGGAUGAGAACAAAGUCAGGGGUUCGUUUUGUAAAGAAUGUAUUGGGGUUUUUUUUUGUGACAGUCAGGAAACUAGAAGCCUGUAGGUUUUAUGCAACAAUCUGUAAAUAGUCUCAUGCGCUAACGUUUUUGCAAAUCCACCUGCGAGUGAAUAGUUUUAUACAAAGUUAUAUUUAUAUUUAUUUAAAUAAACGAAGAUAUGGGUAAUA